UGAAAGACUAGAGCUCAUUGGAAAUGUCUGCUAUCGGGAGAAGAGGAGCUCCGGAGCCUUAUUGGGGAAACACACCUUCCAGAAAUCCGGAUUUCAAGCGACCCCGGAGGCUCCUGGCUCGGCUCAUGCAUCCCGUCAGCACCUGGCUGCCUGACGGCCCCCUCUCUGCACACCACGCUCACAGGAGCCCCAAAUACGUGUCUUUUGUCAACAAGGCCAUCUUGUGGGAUAGAGGACUCUGUCACUACACUGCCCACGAUCGUCCGAAUGAUCGUCCCUUAAUGUGUCCUCGGUUCCUGUCUCACAUGAAAGCUGGUCCCUCAGACCUCAGACCUCCUUGUUUCCUGAGUUCCAAGUCCAGACCACCGCCUCCAUCCCAGGGGAGGAAGCUGAAAACACACAUUCUCAUUACAGCCCCGCGGACACAAGCGCUGGAUGGCUACUUCCAUCUUAAUCCAGACAGAAGAGGAAAUCAUGUGCAGAUUACAGGAAGGCCCUCUUCUGUUGUUGUUCCCUCUCUUCCACUGCCUCCUACUCCCCCAUCAUCCACCAUCAAUCCAACAACUCCCCUCAAAACCAACCUUCACCCUGACUUUGAGAGACAAGAGAGCAGGCCCAACUCUGUGCCAGCGUCUCCCUCCUACCCUCUUCUUUCUCAGGAAGAACAAAAUGAACAUCAGCAGGAGGAGAGAGCGCCACAACCUGCUGUGGAGGAGUCAGACUGGAAGCUGCAUCUUGGGCCUGCUGGACCUGAACUCUCCCCGCCUCCAGCUUCUACAACCUCACACGGGUCUCUCUCAGAUUUAAGUCGUCCACCGUCGAGUAUGUUCAGCCGCAGCACCAACCUCGCCAGUGGCAGGAGCAGCUUCCUGUCUGAUAUCAGAGACUCUGAUUCAGACGGGAUCUUUUGCUCUCCGCCGCUCCAUCCUCGUCCAGGGAUAAAGACACCUUUGGCUUCUCCCCCUCCAGCAGGAUCCAACCUUUGCCAAUCAUCCACAAAUACUACAACCACCCCUCCGCUCUAUAAACCUCUAUUCGGCCAUACGACACCCCUAACACCUCGCCCAAAGUCAGGUGACCGUCCUCAGUCAGAUAAACCUCUGAGCAGGCGUGAAACUGCAAAAGCAGAGAAUCUUCACCGAGAUGCUUCUAUAGAUCCUGCUCUCCACCCAUCCUUGGAGUCUGAUCAUGGCCUCGUCCCCUUAACUUUCCCCUCUGCUACUUGGUCUUCGUGCCCGAGUCCACAGAUGACCACCCCCCGCUCAGGGUCAGGACCAAAGCUGACCCCCUCCCCAUCUCUGCUCGAGUCUAAUCGCUGGCCUGUCCUGCCUCCAAUCUCCCCUGUCAGAGGUCGCUGUGGCUCAGCAGCGUCUCGCUACUCGGAGCUCAGCUGCAGUCAGUCUCAUGCGUUCGAUGAACUGGAGGCCAUCGCCCCUCGGUCCAUUUCCUGUCAGUCUCUGGACCUGCCCUCAGACUCAUCCUGUAGCCCUUCACCUAACACAGAGCUUUCUCCAGGCCUUGCGGCACUGACGGUGGGCUGUGACUCGGGGAAUCUGGGCUCCCUGUCCCGGGUCCAGCUGCUCCUCCUGGACCGCCUGGAGCCCGAGACCUUGCUGAGCCCCUUCCCUCAGGAAGAGGAGCUCUCACUGUGGCAGGACUGGUCCGAUGUCAGGAUGGAAAAUGAGCAGGGAUUGGCUUCAGGAGGUGUUCUGAGGCCCCUCACAGCUGGCAGCAUCUCUGAAAGGUGUGACUCCGCAGGGAAAGUCCAGGAAAACAAAUCGGAUGGGUCUGACGGGGGUUCUGGGUCACCAUCAUCAUGGAUCAUAGAUAAGAGUCCAUCAUGCAACAUGUCCACACCCACCUAUUCUCCCUGCAAUUCCAUUCCGGGUUCAGAUGAAGGGGGCCCCAUCGAAGAAGAGUCCAAUUAUCCUGGUCGGGGGGAACAUGUCGAGUACUCUGACGGAGGAAGGAGGCCCGGGAGUCUUGACAACAGAAUUGAGGAGAUUCACAGAAGGAUGGAGGAGAAGAAAACAAAGGUGCUGAGCAUUCUUUCCAAACUGCAGGACGAAACGCCUCAUCAGCAAAGUAGCAACAACGGUCGCUCCAACUUCGAGGACUUCGACUUUUUGGCAAAGUAUUGCAUUUUCAGUCAGGAGAAGCUGGCUGAAUACAAAAGAGCUUUUGAAGCAGAGGACAGUGAUGGCGCCGGCUACCUCUCCUGCCUGCAGGUUCUACUUGCUCUUAAAAACAUCAUCCCACCAGAGCUGCUGUCGGACAAAGAAGAGAUCUAUGUCUAUAGGAUCCUGGAGAUGGUGGACUUCAGAGUGACAGAUGGGCUGGUGGACCUGAGGCUCUUUGCUGUGAUUGCGAGCCUGGCACAGAAAAUAGCCACCAUGGAUGAGUUUAUGCGAUCACAAAUCACCAACAUGGACUUCCGCUCCUUAGAAGUGAGGCUCUUCAAAGCAAAGCAACUGUUCCUGUUCCUCCUGGAGGAGCAGCAUGGAGACGCUGGAGCUCUGCAGGGCUUCAUCAGCACGGAGCAGCUUCUUCUGGAGCUGAAGGCCGGAGGAAUCCAUCUGGAGCAGGAGGAGGCCAUCAGGCUGGAGCUGAAGAGCACACCCCCCCUCGACCUGCUGGACUUCCUGGCCCACCUGCCCCUCUUCAUGCUCAUCCACAAGUCUGUCAUCGCCAACCCUCUCGAUGACUCCAGCAACCUCUGAGCUCUUUCACUGCAAUGCCAGGUAUUCACACUCUCUGUCCUAAACGGCAUGUUGGAGCUCCUGCCCUCCCCUCCCUGUGAGCCCAGUGUGCUCUGAUUGGUCGGGACGUUGCGAGGCUCGUUGCGAUGCUCGUUGC